CUCGGCUCAACUCCGCCCCAAGUCCUCCAAACUCUGCCUGAACUUUGCUGACUGGAGCCCGGGCGUCACUCUGCUCCGUGGACCUCCUCCGCUCCGGUCUUGGUGCUGCGGACUCGAGCAAUAUCAGGACUGGCCCAGAAGACGAGCAAUGGCUUGGCGGCAGCGAGCGUGGCUCAUCUGCGCCUCUUUCCUGGCAAUGGUGGCGUCGGCACGGAGCCUAACGCGAGGAGACUUUUUCCCCUACGGUCCGAGCGCUGGAGACCAACAGUUGGACGCAGGCGAUGACCUCACGCACACACUUGAACUGGAGAAGCCUGUGCUCUUUUAUGAUGGCACUUUUUACAGUAUCUUUAUCAACACAAACGGCUUCAUCGCCACCGCAGAUCCCAAAAGCGAGUCGACCUAUCUUGGCAAAAUUCCCGCUCCCUUUGGAAUGAUCGCGGUUCUGCACGGAGAUCUGGACACAAGCGAUGCAGAGGGCAAGGUUUUCUUCCGCCAAGACGGUAGUCCAGAUGUGCUGCGUCGGGCUGCGGAGCACGUCAACAGGGCCUUCCCAGACGACCAGGAAGUCAGUCCCACUGAUGUGGUGGUCAUCAGCUGGGUAGACGUCGCUCGCAAGGAGCAUGACAGCACUGGAGAAAGCGUUGACAAGAAAAGAAACACCUUCCAACUGGCUAUUGCAUCAGUCGGGACUUCUUCAUAUGCUAUAAUGCUAUAUGCCACAGAUGGGAUACAGUAUACCAAUACUCCCGUAGGGGAGAAUAGCGUCAUCUUGCACGCUGGCUUCAGUAAAGGCUUGGUCCGAGGUUUCCUGUUUUCCAGUCAGGGCCCAUACUACCGCACCACCAACGAUGAAGACGCAUCCAUCAGCGCUUUAGCAGAGCAGACCAACUCAGGCCUCAGGGGGGUUUGGGUGUAUGAGAUUGGAACGUCCCCUUAUUUUACCAACGUAGCUCCAGGUGAGGUGAGCGAGCUGCCCACUGAGGCUCCUCCUCCCGCAUCCUCUGGCAACACAGAAGAUGCCCCCGAUGCCAGGAGGGUAGUGUAUACUAAUGGACAGCAAGUGGUGUACCCUCCUUUUGAACCAGACGAGGGACAGAUCCAAGUGGAACCGGUUCAGUACCAGCCCCACCAACCUGAUAACCCAGAAGUGGUGGUGGUGGACGACACUGAUAUAAAUGUAGAUGUGUUUGCGUACAACCUUGGCACAUGCGCAAACAACAGAAAUAAGUGCUCCCAAUUUGCUGACUGCAAGGACCACUCCAGUGGGUACUGCUGCCACUGCAGGCCUGGUUUCUACGGCAACGGGAUACAGUGUGUGGCAGAGGGAAAGCCUCAGAGGAUGAACGGUAAAGUGCAUGGACAGGUGUAUGUGGGCAACUCUCCCACCCCAGAGAAGUUCAACAGCAACGAUCUGCACUCGUAUGUGGUGGUGAAUGACGGACGCUCCUAUGUGGCCAUCAGUGACAUCCCUCCGACCCUUGGGCCCUCCCUGAUGCCCCUGUCAACGCUGGGUGGUGUGAUCGGAUGGGCCUUUGCUCUGGAGCAACCAGGCUUCAAGAAUGGCUUCAGCAUUAUUGGGGGAGUGUUCACUCGGCAGGCUGAGAUUACCUUCCUGCCCGGGAAUGAAAAGCUGACGAUCAAACAGGACUUUAAAGGCAUCGAUGAACACGACCACCUCUUGGUGAGCACCACCCUGGAGGGCCGGGUUCCUGAGGUGCCUCGUGACUCCACCGUGCAGGUCGAGCCCUACUCUGAGAUCUACCAAUACAGCAGCAACUUAAUCACCUCGUCCUCCACGCGGAAGUAUGCGGUCAACUUGGCCGACGGCUCUAGGGACGACACGAGGACUUUCCAGUGGCGUCAGACCAUCUCCUUCCAAGGAUGUCAGCAUGAUGAGUCUGCGAGAGACAUGCGACCCACCCAGAUGCUCAGUGUGGACCAGGUCUUUGUCAUGUACGACCCCAAUAAUGAACUGAUCCGCUUCGCCAUGAGCAACAAGAUCGGCGACAUCAAUGGAGGACAGCCAGAAGAGAAUCCAUGUUUCACUGGAAGACACGGCUGCGACACCAAUGCUGUUUGCCGACCCGGAGAGGGGACCCAGUUCACAUGCCAGUGCGCCUCUGGCUUCACCGGUGAUGGACGUACAUGUUACGACAUUGAUGAGUGCCGAGAGAUUUCUGAGAUCUGUGGCUUACAUGCUAUUUGCAACAACCAGCCUGGCACCUUCCGCUGUGAAUGUGUGAAUGGAUAUCAGUUUGACAGUGAUGGGCAGACAUGUGUUGAGGUGAGUCGACCCGUGGACGCGUGUGAAGACGGUAGCCAUACCUGUGACAUUCCUGAGCGUGCUCGAUGUAGCUACACCGGGGGCUCCUCCUACAUCUGCUCCUGCCUGCCAGGGUUCAUAGGAGAUGGAAGAGUCUGCCAAGACAUAGAUGAGUGCCAGCCCGGCAGGUGCCACCAGGACGCCGUGUGCUACAACACCCAGGGAUCCUUCACCUGCCAAUGUAGGCCGGGUUACUACGGCGACGGCUUUUACUGCUCCCCAGAGCGGACAAAACCGCAAUGUGAAACCCACAGGGACAGUCUUCUUGGUGUGACUGUGUAUGGCCCCCGGGGUCCACGGCCUCCUGUUGGACAGUACAUCCCCACGUGUGAUGAGCACGGCAACUAUGAGCCCAUGCAGUGCCAUGGUAGCACAGGGCAGUGCUGGUGUGUGGACCGGAGCGGGCAGGAGAUCCCAGGGACACGCUCUGGUCCUGGCAGUAGACCCAUGUGCAUUGAACAUGGUGGGGUCAGAUCACCCGUUGGACCCACGCCUCGACCUGAUGUCCACCCCCUGCCUCCUGGCACACACCUGUUGUACGCCCAGAGCGGCAGGAUAGAGCAUGUCCCGCUGGAAGGUUAUGACAUGAAGAAAGAUGACGCCAAGGCUAUCCUUCAUCUACCUGAGAAAGUGGUCAUUGGAGUGGCCUACGACUGCGUGGACAAGAUGAUCUACUGGACGGAAAUCACGUCUCCAUCAAUCAGCAAGGCCAGCAUACAGGGUGGAGAGCCUGUGGCGGUCAUUAGAUCAGACUUGCAGAGCCCAGAGGGGAUUGCAAUUGACCACCUGGGACGAACUAUAUUCUGGACUGAUUCUGUGACGGAUCGCAUUGAGGUGGCCUCGCUGGACGGCUCUCAACGACGUGUCAUCGUAGACUCCGGUCUUGUCAACCCUCGCGCCAUUAUCGUGGACCCCCCCAAUGGAAAUCUGUACUGGGCCGACUGGAACCGAGACGCUCCCAAGAUUGAGACCUCUUACAUGGACGGGUCCAACAGGCGGGUGCUGGUCAAAGAUGACCUGGGGCUGCCCAACGGCCUGACCUACGACGCCCACAGCUCUCUGCUGUGUUGGGCGGAUGCAGGCACACAUAAAAUGGAGUGUACCGAUCUUGGCCGUGGAGACCGUAGACAGAUCAUGGAAGGCAUUCAGUAUCCAUUUGGAGUCACAUCAUUUGGGAGGAACAUCUACUACACUGAUUGGCAGAGGGAUGCUGUGGUAGCAGUGGACCGCUAUACUGGGAGGGAGUCUGACGAGUUCCAGCCUCAGAAACGCUCCAAGCUUUAUGGAAUCACUACAGCCUACGCCCAAUGUCCUUCAGGACAAAACUACUGUGCGGUGAACAACGGCGGCUGUACACACCUCUGCUUAGCAACACCGAACGGUCGCUCCUGCAAGUGUCCUGACAAUGCAGUUGGCGUGGGUUGUGUUGAGAGAGACAGCGGGUAUUAAGACAUGGCAAAAAAUUAGGAGCCACUCUGCGUUACUAUGCUGUAACCGCUGAAAAUGCCACUGAGGUGACGUUACUGUGCCUUUUAUUGCUCAUUGCUAUUCUUAUCUGUCUUUUUACCUUAUAAAAUGCCAACAGAAUUGUAAAUAUAAACACUAUUAUGUUUACUUUUUUUUCCUGAGUGCACAUAAACUGAGAAAAAAACUCAAGGGAUUAUUAAUUUAAUGUGAAAUACGUUGUAGUAACACAUGACAUCAUUUGCUGUUGGUUUUGGCCUGUUUGUAUUAGUAUUAUUGUCAGCUGUGACUGAAGUUCCUGUCCAAGCUUUGUGGGAUGAGUUUACAUGGUGGGCAGCAAAAAAAUAAAAAAGUGUUGUUUUUUUUUUCUAA